AUGAUGCUCCUCCGGCUCUUCUGCAUUCUGUUCCCCGCGUUCUCAGGAGCCCGGGGCUGGGGCUACUACGGCUGCGACGAGGAGCUGGUGGGGCCCCUGUAUUCACGCUCCCUGGGCGCCUCCUCCUACUAUGGGAUCUUCACCGCGCCGCGCUUCGCCCGGCUGCAUGGCAUAAGUGGAUGGUCACCCCGGAUUGGGGACCCGAAUCCCUGGCUCCAGAUAGACUUAAUGAAGAAGCACCGGAUCCGGGCCGUGGCCACGCAGGGCUCUUUUAAUUCUUGGGACUGGGUCACACGUUACAUGCUGCUCUACGGCGACCGCGUGGACAGCUGGACGCCAUUCUACCAGCGAGGGCACAACGCGACCUUCUUCGGUAACGUGAACGAGUCGGCGGUGGUGCGCCACGACCUGCAUUACCACUUCACCGCGCGCUACAUCCGCAUCGUGCCCCUGGCCUGGAACCCGCGAGGCAAGAUCGGUCUGAGGCUCGGUCUUUACGGCUGCCCCUACAAAUCUGACAUACUCUACUUCGACGGCGACGAUGCCAUCUCAUACCGCUUCCCGCGAGGAGUCAGCGGAAGCCUGUGGGACGUGUUCGCCUUCAGCUUCAAGACUGAGGAGAAGGACGGGCUUCUGCUGCACGCUGAGGGCGCCCAAGGCGACUACGUGACGCUCGAGCUGCAGGGGGCGCACCUGUUGCUGCACAUGAGCCUGGGCAGCAGCCCCAUCCAGCCAAGGCCAGGUCACACGACGGUGAGCGCUGGCGGCGUCCUCAAUGACCAGCACUGGCACUACGUGCGGGUGGACCGAUAUGGCCGCGAAGCAAAUCUCACCCUGGACGGCUACGUGCAGCGCUUUGUGCUCAACGGUGACUUUGAGAGGCUGAACUUGGACACAGAGAUGUUCAUCGGAGGUCUGGUGGGCGCCGCGCAGAAGAAUCUCGCCUAUCGGCAUAACUUCCGCGGCUGCAUGGAAAACGUAAUCUUCAACCGCGUCAACAUCGCAGACCUUGCCGUGCGGCGCCAUUCGCGGAUCACCUUCGAGGGUAAGGUGGCAUUCCGUUGCCUGGACCCGGUUCCACACCCCAUCAACUUCGGAGGCCCUCACAACUUCGUGCAAGUGCCUGGUUUCCCGCGCCGCGGCCGCCUCGCUGUCUCCUUUCGCUUCCGCACAUGGGACCUCACCGGGCUCCUACUUUUCUCCCACCUGGGGGAUGGGUUGGGCCACGUGGAACUGAUGCUCAGUGAAGGGCAGGUCAACGUGUCCAUCGCGCAGACCGGCCGAAAGAAGCUUCAGUUCGCUGCGGGGUACCGCCUGAAUGAUGGCUUUUGGCAUGAGGUGAAUUUUGUGACACAGGAAAACCAUGCAGUCAUCAGCAUUGAUGAUGUGGAGGGGGCAGAGGUCAGGGUCUCAUACCCACUGCUGAUCCGUACAGGGACCUCAUACUUCUUUGGGGGUUGUCCCAAGCCUGCCAGUCGAUGGGGCUGCCACUCCAACCAGACAGCAUUCCAUGGCUGCAUGGAGCUACUGAAGGUGGAUGGUCAACUGGUCAACCUGACUCUGGUGGAGGGCCGGCGGCUCGGAUACUAUGCUGAGGUCCUCUUUGACACAUGUGGCAUCACUGAUAGGUGCAGCCCUAACAUGUGUGAGCAUGAUGGACGCUGCUACCAGUCUUGGGAUGACUUCAUCUGCUACUGUGAACUGACGGGCUACAAGGGGGAGACCUGCCACCAACCUUUGUAUAAAGAAUCCUGUGAGGCUUAUCGGCUCAGUGGGAAAACUUCUGGAAACUUCACCAUUGAUCCUGAUGGCAGUGGCCCCCUGAAGCCAUUUGUAGUGUACUGUGAUAUCCGAGAGAACCGAGCGUGGACAGUUGUGCGACAUGACAGGCUGUGGACAACUCGGGUGACAGGUUCCAGCAUGGAACGGCCAUUCCUGGGGGCUGUCCAGUAUUGGAAUGCAUCGUGGGAGGAAGUCAGUGCUCUGGCCAAUGCUUCCCAGCACUGUGAACAGUGGAUUGAAUUCUCCUGCUACAAUUCCCGGCUGCUGAACACUGCAGGAGGCUACCCCUACAGCUUUUGGAUUGGCCGAAAUGAGGAGCAGCACUUCUACUGGGGAGGCUCGCAGCCUGGGAUCCAGCGUUGUGCCUGCGGUCUGGACAGGAGCUGUGUGGACCCUGCCCUGCACUGCAACUGUGAUGCUGACCAGCCCCAGUGGAGAACUGACAAAGGACUACUGAACUUUGUGGACCAUCUACCUGUCACUCAGGUGGUGGUGGGGGACACGAACCGCUCCACUUCUGAGGCCCAGUUCUUCCUGAGGCCUCUGCGCUGCUAUGGCGAUCGAAACUCCUGGAACACCAUCUCAUUCCACACCGGAGCUGCACUACGCUUUCCCCCAAUCCGUGCCAAUCACAGUCUUGAUGUCUCCUUCUACUUCAGGACCUCGGCUCCCUCAGGAGUCUUCCUAGAGAAUAUGGGGGGCGCUUACUGCCAGUGGCGCCGACCUUAUGUGCGGGUGGAACUCAACACAUCCUGGGAUGUCGUCUUUGCCUUUGAUGUGGGGAAUGGGGAUGAGAACCUGACAGUACACUCAGACGACUUUGAGUUCAAUGACGACGAGUGGCACCUGGUCCGGGCUGAAAUCAACGUGAAGCAGGCCCGGCUCCGAGUGGAUCACCGGCCCUGGGUGCUGCGGCCUAUGCCCCUGCAGACCUACAUCUGGCUGGAGUAUGACCAGCCCCUCUAUGUCGGAUCUGCGGAGCUUAAGAGGCGCCCCUUUGUGGGUUGCUUGAGGGCCAUGCGUUUGAACGGAGUGACUCUGAACCUGGAGGGCCGUGCCAAUGCCUCUGAGGGCACCUCACCCAACUGCACGGGCCACUGUGUUCACCCCCGGUUCCCCUGUUUUCAUGGAGGCCGCUGCGUGGAGCGCUAUAGCUACUAUACAUGUGACUGUGACCUUACAGCUUUUGAUGGGCCAUAUUGCAACCAUGAUAUUGGCGGUUUCUUUGAGUCGGGCACCUGGAUGCGUUAUAACCUGCAGUCAGCACUGCGCUCUGCAGCCCGGGAGUUCUCCCACAUGCUGAGCCGACCCGUGCCAGGCUAUGAGCCUGGCUAUAUCCCUGGCUAUGACACUCCUGGCUACGCGCCUGGCUACCAUGGCCCUGGGUACCACCUGCCUGACUACCCCCGGCCUGGCCGGCCUGUGCCAGGUUACCGUGGGCCUGUCUACAAUGUUACGGGAGAGGAGGUCUCCUUCAGCUUCAGCACCAGCUCUGCCCCUGCUGUCCUGCUCUACGUCAGCUCCUUUGUGCGUGACUAUAUGGCCGUGCUCAUCAAGGAGGAUGGAACCCUGCAGCUGCGAUAUCAGCUGGGCACCAGUCCCUAUGUGUACCAGCUAACCACCCGACCAGUUACCGAUGGCCAGCCCCACAGUGUCAACAUCACCCGGGUCUACCGCAACCUCUUCAUCCAGGUGGACUACUUCCCGCUGACAGAACAGAAGUUCUCGCUGUUGGUAGACAGCCAGCUGGACUCACCCAAGGCCUUGUAUCUAGGGCGUGUGAUGGAGACAGGAGUAAUUGACCCAGAGAUCCAGCGCUACAACACCCCAGGUUUCUUAGGCUGCCUGUCUGGUGUUCGAUUCAACAACGUGGCUCCCCUCAAGACUCACUUCCGAACCCCUCGACCCAUGACUGCUGAGCUAGCUGAGGCCCUUCGAGUUCAGGGAGAACUAUCUGAAUCUAACUGUGGAGCUAUGCCACGUCUUGUUGCAGAGGUGCCACCUGAGCUUGAUCCCUGGUAUCUGCCCCCAGACUUCCCAUACUACCAUGAUGAUGGCUGGGUUGCCAUACUUUUAGGCUUUUUGGUGGCCUUCCUGCUGCUGGGACUGGUGGGAAUGUUGGUGCUCUUCUAUCUGCAAAAUCAUCGCUACAAGGGCUCCUACCAUACCAAUGAGCCCAAGGCCACCCACGAUUACCAUCCCGGCAGCAAACCUCCCCUACCUACUUCAGGCUCUGCCCAGGCCCCUGCCCCCACACCAGCUCCCACAAAAGUUCCAGUUCCAGCCCCGGCCCCAGCCCCAACCCCUGGCCCUCGGGACCAGAACCUACCCCAGAUACUGGAGGAGUCCAGGUCUGAAUGA